UAUUUAAAAUUUAGAUUUAGGGGAAAAAAAAAUUAGAUGGGUAAUUUCGUCAUAUCAUAUUUACCACGAAUAAAUUAGAGGUUCCCGCCAUUUAUAUAAAACAAAAAAGAAGCAAAAACCUUCAUCUUUCUUCUCCAGAAAUCUUCGUCAAUCAAAAACCCAUUUCAUUAGGUUUCCAUAUUCCUCAGCUCAAUUUCGCAUCAAUGGAGGAUAAGAAGAGAUGGAGCGUCACCUACACAAGGCAUAUGAAGCAGAAGCGCAAGGUUUAUCAAGACGGUUUUCUAGUACAACAUACCUCAACCAAUAAGCUUUCACUGUACGACGAGUGCGAGAAGCUCUUGGAAUGUAAGGUUUUGAAGAAUGAUGAGGUUGUUAGCUGCGGCGAAAGUCUCACAUUCAAUUCUUUUCUUAUCGACGUUAAUGAUGCUGAGGGAGAUCACGAAGUUAGAUCUGAUUUGAAUUCGAUUGGGAGAAAUAGUCGGAGAGAUGAGAAAAGCAAAUCGCAGCAGCGACAGAGUUUGAGUUUGAGUCCGUCGCAGAAGAUUAUAAGAGAUUUUAAGAAGAGAGAAGUGCGCAAGUAUGUAGCUAUACAGAGCCAAAGAACUCCGGAUAUAACAAAGUCUAGCAUUACAGAAUGGGAGGCCAUGUACACAACACAGCUUACUCAAAAGUCUAAGAAGUUUCAUGAUGGUUUUGUGCAGCUCGAGAUUCGGGGAUCCAUGGGGAGGCAGCUCAUGCUGUUGGAUGAAAGUAAAAGUACACUAGAUAGUAAGUUCUUAAAAAAGGAUGAGAAGAUAGAAUCUGGAGCAACAAUUUCUUUUGAUGCUCAUUUAGUUCGAAUUGGAGAACCUCAAGGAGAUCACAAGAGUUUUGGAGGAAGUAAUUCUAAUGUUGAGAGAGAAACAGGAAUCAUGAAUGGACAGCGAAACUAUGGUCACGGAGGCUUUAAAACUGCUAAAGAAGAGUUUGUCAAGAGUGAAUUUAAAUCUGGGGCAUCUCAUAACAGUCAAGAUACAACCCAAUCUAGUUCAACAGAGUGGCAGGUCAUGUACACAUCACAGUUAACUCAAAAGUCCAAGAAGUUUCACGAUGGUUUCUUGAGGCUUGCAAAUAGUGGCUCCUGUAGGAAGCGGGGAAUGCUGUAUGAUGAAACGAGAAAUCUCUUGAAUAGUGGAUUCUUGAAAAGAGAUGAAGUUGUAAGAACUGGCGUGUCGUUUGUAUUUGAUGCUUAUUUGGUUGAAAUUGGACAGCCUGAUGAAAACAAUGAACCUAUAGCUGCUUCCAGUGCUCAGGAAAACUGUUGUGAGAUUGUUAAGGAUAUUGAAAAAAUGCACAGACAGCAAAGUUCUCUUGCAUUUAAUAAAUCCGCUUUAAAAGACAAACCUUCUGGUAAUCCUUGUUUGAGGAAAGCUACAGAAUCAGAUAUUAGCUUCUCAGCCAAAAUAGACUCAAAGGAAUCUGGCAGUACAGCUACUACAAACCCUCUGCGGAAUGCCCGUCAAAUUUUGUCUUUUCUCCAAAAACCCAGAAUUCAAAAUAAUGUUCCAGUAGACAAUAAAAACACGACCCCUACAAAGGAGCCACUACUUGCAAACGCUGCAGAUAUGGAUUUCCCUGAACAUAAUAAAACACCAGAAUUAUCAGUUCUUCAUGAUCAAUCAAGUGAAAGUGUUGAUGCUAUGGAAUCAAAAGAACAUAUGGACCUUAAGAAACCAUUUCAUAUGUCUUCCGAAGACUUUGCAGCAAUAUCCAGUGGUGAUGACAGUCAGUUAUUGAAUGAUAACAACGAUAAUGGAACUUCCCACCUGCAGCUUAAGACAGACAAGAUGGACAUCGAUUCUAAACAGUGUGAUGAAGCAUUAUGUUCUGAUAUGCCAUGUUCCUCUACUACUUCUUGUGGUCCUAUUGAUGCAGAAAAGAAUUGUUCGGUGGAUAAUUUUACUUGUGCAUGGGAUGUGAAUGAAUGUCCAAGUUUUGAUCUUGGAAUCUUCUAGACACUCACAACAGCAGAUGCCUUUUUUGUGAAUAACGAGUCAAUGAUCAGAUCGACUUAGCUAUGAUACUUGUCUGCAAGGAAGAAUGUUCCAAGAGUAUUUUCUUUAUCACAUAUCUUGACCAUCACAUUGUUGAUGAAAGAGAUGAAGUUGAGAAAUUGGGCAUCACAACUGAGAAUUCGUAGGGCGUCUUCAGACACUCAACAGUGCAAUGUGUAUUCUUUCUCUGUGAGAGGAAUUACAAGACAACUAACCAUGCCAACCAACGUUGUAUGCCUGCCUACUCAGUGUACACGUAUAUAUCUUUAUAUACAGAUUCAAUGGACUCAUAUUUUUCCAUAAUCUUUUUACAAAAAUACCAUUAGAUCAAGUGUAUCUAAUAAAACAUAUAUUAAAAAAAAUGUUACCUUCCCAUGCAUCUGUAUAUUACUUUUGAUUUUGAAUGUGUUUUAAUAUUAUCUUUAAUCUAAGAUGUUUCUCAUGGUGUAGAAAUAAUUUUAUGUUGUGUGUAUUUAUUUAUAUAUAUUUCUCUUGUUAGGAGGCUUUCCAAUAACAUUGCUCAUGGCCUCGCAAAAUACGCUUUCAUAGAGUUGGAUAGUAAAUUAACCAGCAUUCAAGGAUAUUUCCUCCCGCAUUUACUUUGUUAUUGUAAAUGAAGGUCCAUGAUUUAUAAUAGAAGAUCUUUCCCUAAAAAAAAGGAGAGAAGGGAGAAUGCAUAAUAAAGUUUUUGAUACAUUAACUUGUAUGAAAAGACCUCUGGAGGGAAAAUGCGCUGGAGACAUGGUUUGACACCUCUGGAGUCUGGAGGAAAAAUGUGCUGGAGAGAUGAAACAGGUACUUAUCUUUCUUUACAUUUGUGAAUUAGUAAAAGUUGACCAAAACACUUGGAAGAAACAAUAUAUGCUUCAAAACUUUGAUUUUAUUACUUUG